AUGGCGAGCGACCGAGUCCAGGUGUGCUGCCGUCCAGCUUGCGCGCUGGCCUGCGGUCUAGCGUGCGCGCUGGUGCUGGUGCCGAGCUUGAGCACGAAGCAAGGGGUGCAAUGCUUCACGGAUGGCUUGGACUUCGGGUGUACCAAGCCGACGCCCUCCUCCGAAGUCUGGACCCUCAUCGGCGUUUUACUGGCGUUGAGAUGCUCCUUGGCUCUCUUGGCGUAUCUCCUGACUCUUUGCCGUCGCCUCCUUCAACGAGCUUCCCAUUCCGGCCGAGCUCGCGCUUCGAGCGCGCACACGUCCGCCGAAGACGGGCUGCUCGCCAAUCCAUUGGACCCUGCUGGCGCGGACUACUGGGAAGGCCGCAGCGUGGGGAGGGGCAUCAGUGUCUUCCUGCCGGACGCGCGAAAGCAGAAGGAGCUCUUAAGAACUUGGAACCAACGAGAAAGCUUCGCGCUUUUGGGCACUGGAAGUUAUUUGAUCCGGCAACCAGAUCUGCUGCUCUGGUGGGACUUGCCGGAAGAGAUGGUGGGCCUUUUGAGCGAGGAUCAGUCAGUGGUCUAUGCCGCCCUGGGGCCGGAGAAGCAGUACUUCCUGCGCUCCGCGUUCGCGUUCGGUGCAUCUACAACACGAGGGAAACAGGACUCGGUGGCACCGGAGCACGUGAGGAGCGGUGCUCGGGGGCGCCACCGAGUUGGACACACGUGGAACAGGACUCGGUGGCACCGGUCCGCACGGCGACGUCCGGUGGUUCCCGGUCCGGAAUGGAUUGGAUGGGCAGACGGUCCGGACAGUACGCCAAAACAGGUUCCGUCUUGUGGUAGCAGAUGCCCAGGAUCCCCGCAACCAUGUGGAACGCAACUCUGA